UGCCGUGUGCAGUGUUGCACUCACCGGAUCCGACGUGCCUCCCCUAUCCUUGGCGGCGAGAUCCCUGGCCUAGACAGUUCGCACCCGCAUAAUGACCACGUUCAGAACGAGGCCAGUGUCUUUGCGGCCCUCGGGGCUCGCCGCAUCUCCUUUCGUACCCAUUGGGCUCGUGCUACGGCUGUUGGAGGCGGAAUUGGUUGUCGGGGUGUUGGAGAAGCCUGGCUUCAGGCGAUUGGGGAUGAUGCGGACCAUGGCGGGCGCGGGGUUCGACAGGAGUUUAUGCGAUAUCCCGGUGCUACCAGGCUGCAGCCAGGGCAGGUUUUCCAAGUUUCGAGUUGGUGGCGGUACGGUAUGGGUUUAUGGGGUAAGUGCCCGGUAUCUGGAGUGGUAAGAUAUGGCGGGGUCAGAUCCAAGUUUAGGUGUCCCGGGUGCUUGCUUGCAUUCGCCGUGGCGCUGGCACUGGCUGUUGCAGAGGCAGCAACACCACACCUAGCUCCAACCCAGCGGCAAGCAAACGAUUCGCUCCAGACCGCGGGGUUUAUCUGUUUUUUUUCUCCACACAAUCGGCAAAAUCGGGACCGUCGGGGUCGUCGGGGUUUUCGAAGAGGUCGGCAGGUUUCUGCGACACGUCAGGCACCUGGGCAGCAGUGCUGGGACCGAGGAGACGAGGACGUCAUCCCAAGCGUGCCGCGGAAAACACAGCCCUGGGUUUAUGUAUGUGCAUCCACUACUCAGCGGCGUACAGGAGAUGGUAAAAGCAGUGGGGCGAGGCGACAGGGAUCGGCGUCGCGCUGUCUUUGGGAUUCGCUGGGAUUGGACCGUCUUCCCCACCAAAACGGGAAGAAUUACUUGUACAGUGUCAUUACCGCACAGGCGAGCUCAGCUGGCACGCUGGGUGGCAGCUCAUCAAAUGCACACACAGAAUGAAAGUGAUUUGAGGCUGCCUGUUCGAGGUCUAGGGGAUUUCUAGGCGAGAUUCGGGUUGGUUUCAGGGGCCGGCGGGCCA